CUAGUGGCGCGAGGCUGCGGCGGCUGCUGUGCAACACUCGCGUGAACAUUAUUACACUGGAGUCGGAAGUUGCAACGCGUCGUGGCACCUCGAAGCGCGUUCCUCUGAAUACGAGCGUUAUUAUUUAGACGCUCUCUGUUCAGAGCCGUGAGAGAUUUAAUUAACGGACUGUCACGGCUGUGAACGGAUUUGAUGGAUCACCUAUCUCGUGCGUUUCCUAGAAGCAGGCGACCAUACAGCGCGCGUUUACGCAGAGCUUACCUCAUUGUCUUACUGAAAUGAUUUUGGACAACGCUAGCUGAAACACCUGCUUGAAAACCGCGAACUUGUACACUCAGACGAGUGAGAGCAGAAGGUGAGGCUCCUCGUGUAACGGGAUGAUGGUCUGCGCGUCUUGACAUCACUCUGUGAAUUCGUCUUUACCUUAAAGCAGAGCGACUCACCCCAGAGGUGUCCUGUAAAACCCGAAGCCCGCUGAUUUAACUCAAGUUGUGGUUUCAUUCAAACUGUUUAGUCGUGACCAUGCCGGUCAGUGCCAUGCCGAGGGGUCGGUCUCUGAGCCCGGUAUCUCUGUCCCGCAGCCUCACGCGGCUGAGGGAGUUUCGGACCCGGACUCGCAUCAUGCUUUCUCUGGGAGUUUCACAGAUGGUGCUCGGCAGUCUCAUUUUGGCUGUCAGUUUCGCCGCUUUGGCCCUCACUACGUCUCCGAGGGUGAGACAUUCUUGUCCCUUCUGGGCUGGAUUCUCGGUGCUUUUGUCUGGACUGAUCGGAGUGGUGUCAUGGAAAAGGCCCCUUUCUUUGGUGAUAACUUUCUUCAUGCUGUUGUCUGCUGUGUGUGUGAUGCUGAACCUCGCAGGAGCCAUCCUCUCCUGUCAGAAUGCCCAGUUGGUCAACUCUCUGGAGGACUGUCAGCUGAUUAAAUUUGACAGUGACGGUGUGUGUGUGUGCUGUGAGCUCGAGCACCUGAGAUCCACCUGUAAUAAUCUGGGAGAUACGCUUAAACUCAACCCGCUGAGGGACUGCAACACCAUACGUCUCCGUCUGAAGGAGCUGCUUUUCAGUGUGUGUGCAAUGAAUGUUAUCUCCACCAUUGUGUGUGCCCUGGCCACAGCCGUGUGCUGUAUGCAAAUGGUUUCUACUGAUUUACUACAGAUGUUCAUGCCACACAGGGCACAUGCCUUGAGUGCGGACUGCAUGACUCCUCAUGGUACUAUCUUACACCAGAUGCUGGAUUUCGACGAGUUCAUCGCACCCAUCCCACCUCCUCCCUACUACCCCCCAGAGUACACCUGCACACCUGUGAUGGAGGGCCAGAGAGGGUUGCAUCUGGACUUUCCACAUUCUCCCUUCAGUGCUAUUUAUGGGGUGCCUAUAAACAGCCCCGGGGCUCUAUAUCCAUCUGAGUUGCCACCACCCUAUGAAUCUGUCGUGGGACAGACACCUGCCAGCCAGAUCACCUCCAGUCUUGAGCAACAGGUCACAGAGUCCAGCCUGUGUGAAAGGAACACCACAGCUGGCCUUAGCACUCAGGCCUCUGUUGAUAGUGCUUCCCUUAUGGUGUCCGAGACUGCAGACAUCGCUGAUCACAGCUGUUCCUCAGAAGACCUGUGUUCUCUAGAAGUACAAGGCUCUGAUUCCUCUCCAUAUGGCACUUUGUGCAUUGUACCUACUGACGGUAGCUGCACAAGUCUGGAUCACAGCACCCACUCUUCCCUGAGACGGCAGACCCCUGCUCGCCUGGAGCACACGCAGGAUUUGAAGCUCCACUCUUCCCAGUUGUCUCCCGAUGCUGUUAACGUGCCUGAGAAAGAGAAGAUUACAGGCGUUAAACCCAUGUCUUGCACACAGCACAGAGAACGAUCCAAUAAGAAGCUUACCCUUCUUUUCCCUCCAAGCACACCAUCCCAAUGUGCUUCCAACUCAGCAGUGACCUCUUCUGCCGCCGCAGCUUCUGCUUUGACCCCCUCCACCUGCCCCUCCCCGUCACCCACCGCUCAACUGCGGGGAACCCGGCUAUGCUUCAGCGUCUGGUCCCCAUCAUCUUCUUCCUCACAGCCCAAUGCUACCUCUGCCCUCAUCAACCCCAGCCAACGUGAGCGGCCCCGCACACUCCGAGCCUCCAAAGGGUAUCGGAAGCUGGCGAGGAUUGUGCGUUCCACUAGUGAACCCAUAUCCUGUACGUCCAUAUCUAGAAGUGACCCUUGUUCUCCUGCUUCUAAACAUCCACCUGAGGACUCCUCACAGACUCCCUGUGAUCAAGCAUGUAUUGAGCUCUCUGAGAGCGACCGACACCCAUCUGCCAAACAAAGCAACCUAGGGGGCAAGAAGCAGAAGGACAGUGGAAAUGUGGACAUCCAACUCAAACCUCACAUCCCUCACUCAAUGUCUACAGAACGACCACAGUCUCUCGCAGACCUCAAAACUUACAAAGACACCAAAGUGCUGGUGGCCAAGUUCCUGGAACACUCAAGCAGCAGUCUACCUCCAGAGGUCCAGCAAGUGGUCAACAGCAUUAAAUGUGUGAUUAAAUCUGAUGAGAAACACAUGGAGGAAGCCAUUUUUAGCGCAAGUAUCAUUGAUCAGUUGAUGACACAGUCACAGAAGAUCAUGGGCAGCCAGAGGAAGCAUGCUCACGAAGACCUGCAUUUACAGAGCUGUGGAGCUUUGAGUUCCCCGUCUGCAUCCUUGUGCCGUCCCCCCAGAGGAUCUAGUCAGACGGAUGUCCCUGCUACCCUGGAUCAUCAGCCUCCACGCCAGCCUCAAAGCCACAUCAGUGUAUGCAGAGAAACUACACUUUGACCCUCCAGACUACAAACACUCUUUUCCUCUGAAUAUGUGCCAAGGACAAGUCCUAACUCUCAUCAGCAGAAAACUGUAGCUCUUGAAAAACAAAAAAACAGUUAUCAUGGAUAACUUUUAUGCUCUCUCAUAUGUAAAAAUAUACAAAAAUAAAGAAACGCCAGCGUUUACCUGCAGGGGUAUAUAUUUUUAUUUUAUUGUCAGAAAAAGGGUAAAAUAUUUAUGUGAAUUUGCUACUGUGGUAAAUACAAGAGUGGGUCUAUAAUAGACUAUAGACGAUGACAACAUGGAUUAACCUCUUCAUGAAACCUUUUUCUUAUAAUUCUUGUUUAAUUUAAUACACAGCUUCUGCAAAUAUUAUGUGAAUUAAUGGAUAUACUUGGUCAUUGUGUGCCACUGCAGGACUGAGUCCUUUAUAAAGCUGGAUUAUUCAACUUACCUCAGUGUGUAAUUAUUUUCUGUACUGAAAAAUAAAAAUGCGUCUGUUCCUAUUG